AUGCAGAACAGUCACAGCGGCGUGAACCAGCUCGGCGGGGUGUUCGUCAACGGGAGGCCGCUGCCCGACUCCACGCGGCAGAAGAUCGUGGAACUCGCUCACAGUGGCGCCCGGCCCUGCGACAUCUCGCGGAUCCUGCAGACCCAUGCAGAUGCAAAAGUCCAAGUGCUGGACAAUCAAAACGUGUCGAAUGGAUGUGUGAGUAAAAUUUUGGGCAGGUAUUACGAAACUGGCUCCAUCAGACCCAGGGCAAUCGGAGGUAGUAAACCGAGAGUAGCGACUCCAGAAGUUGUAAGCAAAAUAGCGCAGUAUAAACGAGAGUGCCCCUCCAUCUUUGCGUGGGAGAUUCGAGACAGAUUACUAUCAGAGGGGGUCUGUACCAACGAUAAUAUACCCAGUGUGUCGUCGAUAAACAGAGUCCUACGCAACCUGGCUAGCGAAAAGCAACAGAUGGGUGCCGACGGGAUGUACGACAAGCUAAGGAUGCUGAACGGGCAGACGGGGACCUGGGGCACCCGACCCGGCUGGUAUCCCGGCACCUCAGUACCCGGGCAGCCCACACAAGAUGGCUGUCCGCAACAGGAGGGAGGAGGGGAAAACACUAACUCCAUCAGCUCUAAUGGAGAAGAUUCAGACGAGGCCCAAAUGAGACUCCAGCUGAAAAGGAAGCUGCAGAGAAAUAGGACAUCCUUUACCCAAGAGCAAAUCGAAGCCCUUGAGAAAGAGUUUGAGAGGACCCACUAUCCCGAUGUGUUUGCAAGAGAGAGACUAGCUGCUAAAAUAGACCUGCCUGAAGCAAGGAUACAGGUGUGGUUUUCCAACAGAAGGGCCAAAUGGAGAAGGGAAGAGAAGCUGAGGAACCAGCGAAGACAAGCCAGCAACACUCCCAGCCACAUUCCCAUCAGUAGUAGUUUCAGCACAAGCGUUUACCAGCCGAUCCCACAACCAACCACCCCCGUUUCCUCUUUCACAUCAGGUUCCAUGUUGGGCAGGACGGACACGGCGCUCACGAACACGUACAGCGCGCUGCCGCCCAUGCCCAGCUUCACCAUGGCCAACAACCUGCCUAUGCAAGUCUCAUUUCCCCUGGAGUGUCAGUUCCAGUUCAAGUUCCUGGCAGUGAACCUGAUAUGUCUCAAUACUGGCCAAGAUUACAGUAAAACAUGUGUUAAUUCCGUAAAUGACUAUAUGGACAACAGUUGGAUGUUCAGCAUACUUCUGUACUGCAACUGUGCCCUAUGCUGUAACACAUGGAAAAGACUUUCACAUGGACCUUUGUACACUGAAGGCAUUAUAUCAGUUGGAACAAAUCUUCAUUUUGGUAUCCAAACUUUUAUUCAUUUUGGUGUAUUAUUUGUAAAUGGGCAUUUGUAUGUUAUAACGAAAAAAAAAAGAACAAUGUAGACUGGAUGGAUGUUUGAUCUGUGUUGGUCAUGAAGUUGUUUAAAAAAAAAAAGAAAAGGAAAAAAAAAAAAGAAGCCAUGAUCAACAAGCUUUGCCACGAAUUUAAGAGUUUUAUCAAGAUAUAUCGAAUACUUCUACCAAUCUGUUCAUAGAUUAUGGAUUGAUGUUCCAAGUUUGUAUCAUUCCAUUGCAUAUAAUUAAACCUGGAACAAUACGCACUAGAUUUAUGUAAGAAAAAUAUCUGUUGGUAUUUCCAAAGGUUGUUAACGGCUGAAGCUUUGUGCAAACAGGGGUUAAGAGAGAGCUUCGACGAAGAAAAGAGUUUGAUAGAUAAAAGGUAGAUUGUGUCUUCGAUAUAAUCCAAUUUGUUUUAUGUCGAAAUGUAAGUAUUUGUCUUCCCUAGAAAUCUCCCAGAAUGAUUUCUAUAAUAAAGUUAAUUUCAUUUAUAUUUGACAAGAAUAUUCUAUAGAUGUUUUAUACACAUUUUCAUGCAUCAUACGUUUCUUUUUUG